CAGAGAGGAGGGUUGUCAUAACAGUGAAAGUAGUGCGCCAAAUUCACCGGAGAGCCAACCGCCGUGAGAUGGCAGCUCUCCCAAUCGACUCCAUCGUCUGUUCCAUAUAAAUCGCCCUGAACAGCGUGCACAGAUCAACAGACUGCCUGAUAAUCCUCGCACCAGACGAAACCGUAUCAUAUUUUUCUACUUUGCAUCAAUCGGCAGACAGGAGAUGCGUUAACACCAGCUCCCGGUCAUCAUCGCUGAGUUAUGCCAGUCGGGUUGACGAGGGAUAGCCCGACGUUCACUCCCAAGAAUUUCGGUCUCAAUCCAGCUUAAUUCUUGCAGAACAUUCAUGUCACUGUUUAGUCUGUCGUCGUAUGUCACUUUGAGCUAUAACUGGGGUGCAAUACUCUUUCAGACUUCAAAGCAUUAAUCAUCGUUCUCUUCAAAACAAAACUCUAAACUUGCAUUAUCAACUCGUAAAUCAUUACUUGCAGCUGAAUAUCUGUUCUCUAUAUUUUCUAAAUCAUCGAACAAGAUAAAUAUUUGUAACAAUGUCUCUUCUGAUUGGCAAUUGGAAGCUUGUCCGUAGCGAGAACUUCGAAGAGUAUCUGAAAGAAAUGGGUGUAAAUGCACCGAUGCGGAAGCUGGCGAUUCACAUGCACCCUUCUUGUGACAUCACGCGAGACGGGGAUACCUUUAACAUCAAAAUGAACGUUCCUGUCAUCACUAUACACGAGCAGGAGUUCACCAUUGGUGUCCCGUUUGAGGACCUUCUCCCCAACGGCCUGAAGCAGAUGACCAUCGCCAGACUGGAAGACGACAACAAGAUUAGGUUUCUGGAGCAGGAAGAGUCCGGUGAACCACACGUGGUCGUUCGGGAAGUCAUUGAUGGUGAGAUGAUCAUGACCUGUUCCAAAGGCACUGUAAAGUGUACCCGAGUCUUCAAGCGAUCUGAGGACAUCGAAAACUGAGCCGGACAAGGGGAUUGAUCACCGCAGUCAGCUCCCGUAGCACACACCGACGCAAGGUCCAGACAAGUUGCAGCAUCGCAGACAUCCUUUGGUAACACAUACAUAAAAGUUUUAACUGUUAUAGUCCUGUUUAUAGUCUGAUAAGUAUAUUGUAGCUUCACUAAUAUUAACAGUGUUCGCUUGUACCACUAUCAGUAGGCCUAAUAUAUUUCAUUUAUAAUAGUAAUGAAAGAAUUCUCAAAUCAGUUUUGUUCUCGUUGGAAACCACAUUAACCCCCUAUCAUCUGUGUGCCUAGUGAUUAAAAAAUAAACUGCCAUAAUUGCCGUCUAUCCAGAUGUCCUUUGCACACGAAAAAUGAUUCUGUUGACGCAGGACUGUGCGGAAGUUGACGCGGUCUUUGGUUAUCUGACGCACAUGGGUUUAAAGGAGACAGAGCAAUCUUUGGUGGUUUAAAAGCUACAUUGUGCAAUGGUUUGAAUAGGACAGUCACUUCGUGUGCAAUGGACAACAGAGAAAUGACAUUAGAUGCAGCACCUUUACCGUCAACGAAGUCUUUGAAAGGCCACGUAGUUUGUGAAUAUGGAGAACAUGUUGAAUUCAUGUUAAAACCUAAGAAACGCAGCUGCUAUUCACAAUGUGUGUACUAUCACUCUAAUCUAUAUAUAUUUGUAUAUUUAGAACAUCAUUUUUGUGCAGUACUGUCCUAUAAUUAGAAAGACCAAGUUAAAAAUCUUUUUUCAUUAUGCCUUUUAACCUUAUCUGUAAAUACGAGUUAACGUUGAAAGAGUUUCACUCAUUUUUGUCUGAGUGAGUACGAUGUGUGUAACUUAAAACAUUAAUAGCAUUGUGAUAGAGAUAAUGACGUAAUGAAUUAGGUGUACGUUGUCAAUUACAUAUCGGAAGAACCUUACGAAAGGUUCGAAUAGAACAAUUACUCAAUUUUUAAUUAAAGAAAAAUAUAGAGACAUUCAAUCGGAGAAAUUAAUUUGAUAUAUUUAUCACAAGAAAAAUAUUAAAUCCAGGAAGCAAAAAUUAAACAUACUUCAUUUUUUGCAUUAAUCUACAAUAAGCAGUAAUUUUUUAUGGAUACUGUAAGUAAUGUAAUUGAAAUGAAAUCAAAAUAAUUCAUUAUUCUUAACACAUUUUUAAAGAUACUUUGGCGAUUUGGCGUGUAAAAUGACAUUUGAUUUUGCAAUAUUGGUGUAUUCUUCCUUCGCAUAUAUAUGAUGGGGGUGAUCUCAAGGCUUCAAGUCAAUGCCAGACUUGUAAAAGAUAACGGCAUCUAUUAAUAUCUAGAUAUUAUCUGUAUAUAAGGAUGUUCCUUUGCGUUAAAACGUUCAUUUAGGAAAUAAUUUAAUGGAUGUACAUGUAUCUUGAAUGCUUCGUUUAACGAGUUCAUCAGCAACUGAAGUUAUUUAUUCUUAAAAAAAUGUUUGAUAUGCUGCAUAAAAUUGUUGUGCAUUUUAGCUUCAUAUGAUGGAAGAUUUAAUUGCUCACUUCUGUGAAAUGACACAAAACCCUUUGAAUUAUAAUUUAUCAAUUUUUAUAUGUUAAUAAUCACAUACUCAAAUCAAAUUGUCAGUCUUGCACCAUUCAAUGUCUAAUUUGCACAACUCUCAAACGUAAAUCUACAAUUUUGUUAAUGGGAUAUUUUGUCUAAAAUGUGAAUCUUAAACGGCAAACAGGAUUGGUGAACAUAGGGUAUACAUUUUGUUACUAUGAAUCUUAACAAUUCCUACAGGAAAGAACACAGCUUUCCAGAGUGUGUGUAACAAUGUAUUCACAGUGUGGAACAAUGUGAAAUCACCCUCACACAGUUACAUUUCAACAGUGUGAAUCACAUAUUCACAACCAUGUGAAUACGUUGUGUCACACUGUCAAGGUGUCCACAGUGUGAAAAAUAUCUCAAAAGUGUUGAAUUUGAGCAUUUUAACAGUGUGAAUAAUAUUCAUAUUCCACUAUGUGAACACACUGUGCGAAACUCUGUUCUUUCCAACAAGGUAUGGAUUCAAUAUUUU